AUGACCGAACAAGUGGAGCUCGCGCCCUUGCCUGACCUCCACCUCCGCCAAUUUCACACCUACUGGAUGGCCCAACUCCGUACCGCCACCCUCGCCCUCGAUGCCGCUCAAGACUUCACCGCCGAGGACAUGGACUAUGGUGGCGGCUUGUGCGUCUGCGCCAACUACACGCCGAUCCAGGAAGAUGUCGAGGAGGCAAAGGCGAUGAUUGCGCAUGCGGAGAUCGAGGCUGAGCGGCGGCAGCAGGGAGGGCGGAGUAGGGCGGGAUCGAGGAGUGGGAGCUAUGGCGAGAUGUCGGCUCCGACGUCGCCGAUUGGUAGAUAA